AUGGCGGCAAAUGACGCGAACGUGUCUGACAAAGAGAAGAAGUUGGGCUUUACGGAAGUGGAGGCACAGCCAUAUAGCAAGGACUCGCUGGAGGCUUCUGUUCGCAGCUGUGCAGCUGAAUCGGCACAGGCCGCGGCUCUCGCAGCGGCCAGCACGAAGAAGUGUGCUGACUACCUCCCUGCUUUCGGCUUCCUCGCAACUAGCAGCGUGGACUGGAGCCCGAAGCACCUGGCUAGAGUGAAGCUGGAGGCCCAGCCAAUGCUUGAGAUCGUCGUUCGAGGGCAUGAGGAGCUGGGCUCCCACACCUGGUAUGUGCUCGACUGUGCCAUUUGGCGCCCUUGCCUGGAAUUCGCCCGAUCAGAGUGGCGGUGCUAUCGCAGACUCGCUCAUUUGCGGCAAGGUUUGCACGACCCCGUCAAGGAGAUUUUGGGUUCCGGUUACGAGAGCUUCUCGUCCACACCCUUCGCCGGGAUUGGCGGGCGCAGUGGGACAACUGCACGACUCAGAAGCUGGUGUCAAACUUUGUGCCGGUGCAUUAACGAUGCUCAAGCACCUCCUCUUGCAGUGUCGGUCACUUUGCAGCUCCUGGCUGCUCCGACGAAGGAUGUUGCGAUGAUCGCAUUGGCCCGCACCUGCGCCGAGGACAUAUAUGGUUCACUUGCAAGUUAA